GAAUGACUAAAUAAACAGCUGGGGCCAUGCUCCCUCACGUCUCCACUUCUGGUGUCAGAACUCCCCGGGGCAGGGAGCAGCCCCUCCCCACAGCACCUCCCCUGCAGAGAAGACAUCCCAGGAACCCUCACUGCAGCAGGGGCGAGCAAGGCCGCCCGCCUUCGUCCCACAUCACGAGGGCCUCGUGCAAGUCCCGAGCGGUCCAUGUGCGUGCAGGAAGGCCAGGCGCCUGUGCUCGCUGCCUGCUUGCUGUAGAUUUGGAUGGAGCUGCCUGGAGCCUCCUGGGCGUGUGCGUUCCUGCACCCUGGCCCCCAGGGAGAGGCUCCUCACUCCCAGCUCAAGCAGCUCCUGGAAGUUGUCUGGAUCAGGACCCCGCUCCAGGCCACACUCUGGCUGGGCGCCAGGUUUGGGGCUGAUCACGUGAGAUUCCCACGGCCCUGGGUUAGAGUCUGCUCCAGGGCUGGGGGAGCAGGAAGGUGCCGGCCGCCCAGACCCCACCGUCUCAUCUGGGCCUGAGGCUUCGGCCCCCAGAGCGCCUGCUUCCUGCUGCUCAGAGGGUGUGAGAAGCUCCUGCCCUGCUGGAGCUCAGUGAGGACCAGCUCUGGCUUCCUUCAUUUUAAUCACGUCUUUCCAGGGACCUCUGGAUCUGAUGCCCACCAGGGCUCCCUGGGCCUCUCUUAGGGGAGGGUGUCAUUGGCUUAUUUUCUGCCAACAGGAGCAAAGGGUGAGGCAACAGAUCGACCUGAGUUGGGGGGUGGUCAGAGACCUGUGGUCACCUGUGACCCGAUGGGAACAGGCAAGUCUGGGGAGCUGUGAGUAAGAAAGCACUCUGGCCUGGCCACGUGCGCUGAUGGGGGGCCUGUUCCCCCGAUGGAGGCCCUCCCUGCGGCUUCCUCUGCUCUUAUCUGCGCCCCUCCAUCCUUCCUGGAGCACCCCUGCCCGAGCCUGUCCUGGCCCCGUUUUAAUCCACGCUGCUUCCUCCUCUGGAUCUCUGGCCAUCAGGGAGGCCCCUCUCACGGGCCUGCUGAGCUCCACCACCCCCUCCUCCUGCAGAAGACACCUCUUUCACCCGCCCCAAGGACCAGGCAGCCUCCAUCCGGGUCUCUCCUGCAUCCCCUCAUUCCAGAGGGCUCCCAAGGGCAGAGGCAGCUUGAAGUGAGAGUCUGUGGACGGCAGGCCCGCCUCAGGGGAAGCACACACAGCCUCUGCCGAGCUUGGAGGGUCCCAGUCACCCAUGGUCAGUCACCAUUCUCCAGCUUGGGGCACACUGAGCACGGCUGGGAGAUGGUGCAGCAAAGGCCCAGAGGAGGUCCUAGCCCAGGCCGCCGGGUGCCUGGCCUGGCUGCUUGGGGAGGGGCAGCCCCUGUGGGCCCCUGGAGGGCCUCUUCUGUGCCAGUGCCCCCACGGCACAUGCCACCCAGGAGUCCCGGGCCCCGGGUCAGGAGGGUGACCACCGCCUGCCUGCACAGGCUGAGGAGCGAGGUCUUCGAGCCUUUGCUUCCCGGCCCGUGGCUGACCGACCCCUGUGCCAGGAACAAGUACGCCGGCCUCUGCAGCUUGGGCCGAGACAGCAGCCCCAGCAGAACGCUUCUGGAUUGGAUCUUCGUGUCCCUCAUCUGGCAGCUCCCAGACCACACUGAGGGGGUCAGACACCCAGGUCUCCAUACCUCUUGGGGAGCUAUGGCGGCGCCCCUAUCUGUCUGUUUCGGGUGUAAUGGGGAGUCCACAUGCCCUGGAACCCGCCAGCAGCUUCAGGUGGCUGCACCUGACCUUCUAGUUGGUACUGAGAGGUCCUUGGCCCUCACCCCCCACCGCCACUGACACCAAAGAACUCUGUGGUUACCUCAACCUCAGGCCAUGUGGCGGGGACCCCAGGGCCGGCCCUUCUCACCAGGCCCAGUUACAAAGGCAGGGAUGGACCCCAACCCUACAGAAAGCAGGGACCCACGCCUUCCAGAUGGUUCCCCCACUGCCCCAAAGCACACCUGACGGGUCAGACCGUGGGCCCGAGAAACAGAUGCCCCACUUGACUGGUGCACAGAUUUCCAGGAAACAGCAGUCAGCGGCCCCUCCAUUCCUCUGAGGAGAGCAGGAAGAGCUUAGCCCUUUGUGAAUUCCUUUCUUCCCCAGCACGUGAUGGAGCCACGCCUCACUGCUCAGCAUUGACAAGGAGGACAGAUGUGCCCGGCAGGCUCCUUCUCGCCCACAGCACCAGCCUCCAGCCCAGCCCUGGCCCUGCUAGUCGUGACUGUCACAGCCCAGGCAGGGAAGGGACGUCAGGGCCCAGGGACCCUAGGACACCCAGUGGGAAGAGGCCUCAAAUCAGCCAGGGCCUUAGGGUGCCUGCUUGGAUUGUGAUUUUAGUGUCUCCUUUUGAACAGUCAUGGGUUGGUUUUCUUGUGUAUUAGAAAAAAAUGUAGGGCGUAAAGACCAAGAUGAAGGGUUCUGGAGUUUUUGGCGGAGGCUGAGUUCCUUGUCAGCGGAGCCGGCUGAAUGAGAAACUCGAAUCGCACCUCAGGUGUGGCUGAGAGCCUGCCAUGUCUGGUGAGUGGCUGCAGCCGGAGGCCGCACUCCUGCCUGCAGCUGUGGUCAGCACGCCGUCUCUGGAAGGGGCCUCGUGGUCUCUGGCCUCAAAGUGCAGAGGCAGCCACAAACGUGGGUUUGGCUUGUGCCAAUUACACUGUGUUUAUGGACCCGGAGAUGGGAAUUCUGUGUAACUCUCAUGUGUCACAAAGCCUUUUUUCCCCCAACCAUCUAUAAAUGUUAGAAUCAUUCCCAGCCUGUGGUCAGACAUGGGCAGGCUGAACUUGGCCACGGCCGCAGGCCCACAGACCCAGGACGCUGAAGGGGCUCACUGGACAGGGCACGUGGCACUGGGCAUCGGGGCCUGGGCUGGAACUCCUGUCCCUACCUCAGGGCCCCUAGGGGUCUUGGGGGCGUGGCGGACACUGGGUGUGGUUCCCACUAGCCAUAUCCCAGCCCCUUCCUGCCCCCGUGGCAUCAGUGGGGGGCCUGUUGCCUCUGGGGCUGGAGGGAUCCCCACUGGGCCACCAUGCAGGCUGUGGGGUGCUGUGCGGCCAGGCCGGGCCCGGAAGGAGUUCCAUCUGUCCGAGUAGAGAAAGAGGCCCCACCCAGAGAGAAACAGAGUGGAUAGCAGCAGGGGGCUGGGUUGCCAAAGGCCCCAAGCCCAGCUUCUCCAGGGACUCGAAACAAACUUCCUUUUUUGCUUAAAGUUAUUUCAAGUGUAGGUCUUAUUUCCUGCAACUCUCAAAAUCCUGAAGCUCCACGAGUUUUCCCUCAGCUCCCAGAGGAGACCCUGGAGGACCCAGCCAGGCUCACGGCAAAACAGCUCCUGGGAGCUCAUGGCCCAGCGGGAUGGGGUCCCAGCCUCAGCGAGGAAGCAGGGCCCGGGGGCGGGGCCCACACGCCUGGGAGAGCAGGUGACACACCCAGAAACCCACCGCCUUGGACCUGCCCUGGGCAGCCCGAGACAAUCAGGGUGGCGCAGACUGCGUUUCCCUGUGAGGAGCCCUCCUCCCGUCGCUGCCAGUCUCGUCCCAAUCUGCUUUUGACCUGUCUGGGGUGCCACGGCCCCGCCUGUGAACUGGUUGCUUAGCCAAGAUGAGCCCGAGGAGCCGGCAGUUGUGCCAGAAUAUUCCAAAGGCCCAGAGGCUGUCACAGACAGUGACGUGUGAUAAAAAUCCCCAAAUGUCCCAGGGCAGGAAGCCAGUUUAACCCUUCCCGUUUCCCUGCCUGCAGCUACUGUGGAAACCAUCAUUUCAUAGGCAGGAACUUACCGGUGUCCUGCUGGAAGCCGUGCGUGUGUCUGACAAGAGACUGAGACAUCUCUUGGCAAGCACGGCUGGCAGAGACCUGAAUAAAGACCAGCGUCUUGGAUUCCAGCACAGGCCCUAAAGGGGCGCUUGCUUCUUAAGGGGUCCAGGGGCUGAAGCUGGAGGAGGAGGUAGCCAGCUCCCGGGGGAGGGUGGAGGGCAGCCAGCAUAUCCCCCCGAGGCCCUGUCCAAGCUCAGCCUAGGAGGCUGGAGCUGCAGCCUCUGUCCCCUGCCCCACCCUUGGGGAGGGGCUCCCGAGGAAGGGUUGGCUGUGCCACCAGAAGCUGGGCCUGCCGCUCAUUUCCAUGGCCCUGGUGGCCUUCAUGGAGGAAGCCAUUGUGUGCAAAGGAAGGAAGUCUGUGUGCCCUGAUGGCGGGCUGUCUACUGACACCUGGUCCAACAUCUCUCAGGUGAAGUCUGGGUGGUGCCAGGGCUUGAAAGCCCCUCCCCUGGAGAGCUCCCCUGUUGGUUUUGACUUCUGUCCUU